UGCAGGCUGCAGGAUUUGGCGAUUUGCACUCCACCUGACGUUGCUUUGCCCGCAACUUUUGCUUGCCAUUGCCACGACGGAGGCCAAGAUCCAGCUCCUGGGCGUCCGUCCUCCAGUCCCCCUCCUCCAUUCCGGUCCUCUCAUCCUUCCAUCUCCCGUCCGUCCCUCGUCGGAGCACGAGCACCAAAGGUCCCCGGACUGGGUUCACCUCUGCUCUCCUUUUCUUCUCCUGUUCACCCCCCUCGUCAACUCGUGCGGUAUCUGGGCGACCGCCGCUGCCGUGCCGCCCUACGCCAGGUGCCCAGGUCUUCGUCGGGUCCUUCGCCGGCGAGGCGACGAGCACCCACCACCAGCUCCCUUCAACUCCACCACCAGGGGAUGAUGCCCCGGGCUUAAUUGAAUGGGCUCUCUUCUCGCCAGGACUGGCGUCCUGCCAUGGCUCCAGGCCAAGAUUGUUGAUCCCGUGCUGCAGGUCAUUAGAAGGGGAGCAGAACCCAAGCAGCUGGCCUUCUCUGCUGCCCUUGGUGUCACGAUUGGGAUCUUUCCAAUAUGUGGGACCACUGUUAUUCUUGGUGCUGUUGCUGUAGCAAUGUUGGGAAGUCGUUGCAAUGCUGUUACUGUUAUGGUUCUAAAUUUGGCCGCCACUCCAAUUGAGCUAAGCUUGAUCAUCCCUUUCUUGCGUUUGGGGGAAACCAUCACUGGCAGUGGGCACUUCCCUUUGACUGCCGACGCAUUGAAGAAUGUUCUCACUGGUCAUGCAUCAAAGGAUGUGCUACUGAGCAUCGUCCAUGCGAUGCUGGGUUGGCUUAUUGCUGCACCAUUUGUACUGGCCGUGCUGUACGCUGUUUCGUUCCCUUGUUUCAAGGUCCUGGUCAACAGGUUUGGCGGCAUUCCUUCGAGCCCCAGGACCCCGAUCAAGGCAGUGUAGCUAGUGUGGCAUGCCGAAUGCUCCUGAAAUUGUGUACACCAAAUUCUUUGUGAUGCCAUUGGGUUGAGAAUUUGAGAUGGGUUCCGGCAUCAUGUUGCUCGGUCAUCCCAGGCACUGACGAAUAAAUACGACUUCAGAGGCAUGUGUCCUCUGUAAUUCUGUAUGCUGACUUGGUAAUCAUAGAGAUGUGUAUUUAUGAGUUUACGAAGUCUUAUAAAUAAAGCUAGGAAGCACAAGGGCACGGACCACUGUGCCGUUCUUCCC